AUGACGCGCACAAGACCAGACCAGCAGCCCAAAGUGCAGCGACUUGCUAUACUACGACCACUAGGAAGAUCCGAACAGCUCUCCGCGGUAUCCCACGCACUUGGCUUCUUCAAGAAUGUCGGCAUGUCUGCCCACUACACCUUGUCUAACAGUACCGAAUCGCCCGAUCUCCAACGCGUGGUGUAUGCAGCUUUGGCGAAUGUUGUGAGGAAGAAUGCUAUCCUGUCGGCCAUUCCUGUCAAUGAAGCGUCUCCGGAAGCUUACUUUGCGAGGCUGGAGUCGAUUGAUCUUGCUAAGUGUGUGUUUUGGAGAAGGAGAACAGGGUCUACUGUUCAAGGAGACGAAGAUCCCGAGCUCGACGCCAUCCUUGAAGAGCAGCACAACACCGACUUCAAAUCCAACUACGGCGACCUACCUUUCUGGCGCUUGAUCAUUCUGCAAGAUGCCGGGACCGAUGCUAGCUUCAUUGCAUCAUUCAUCUUCCACCACAGUCUCGGUGACGGCGCAACGGGCUCAAUCUUCCACACGUUCUUCCUGCAAGCGCUUAACACCGCAAUUUCACUCCCCUCUGUCCUCGCGCACAGCAGCUCGACCGUGACCACCGACGCCAACAUCCAACUUCUCCAACCUCUAGAGCAACUCCAUCCUCUACCUAUCAACGAGAACCCUCGAGACCAUCGUGCCGGCGGAGGUAAGGAGCUGAAAGAGUGGUUUGGAAACCCCAUUCAUACACCACUGAGAACGCAUUACAAAACGCUGUACUUCCCGCCCACGGCCACUGCAGCCUUUGCAAAGAGAUGUAAGAACAACGGCAUAACAGUAACAUCCGGUCUCACCGCCAUUCUAGUAGGCGCUCUCUUCCUCGCUCUACCAGAUGAUAUCGAAGCACUCACGGGUAUCAUACCAAUCAAUCUACGCCCAUGGCUUAAUCUUCCCGCCAACUCAGCAGAUGCCGCAAUGGGAAGUUUCAUCGACGCGAUGAAAGUGCAAAUACGGCGAUCGCAGUACGAAGGAAGCGAUAACGAUUAUGGCCGCAAAGACAAGACACGUGGCCUCCGCGCUGCACAUCACACAUCCCAAGAAAUCACCUCCUAUCUCGCCAACACCUCACCGACCGGUGAACCAUACACGUCCAUUGCGCCGUUCAAACUCAUUCCUGAUGUUGCCGCGGUGUUUACGUCUCUGCUCGGUACUACACGUGAUGCUGCAUUCGAAGUAUCGAACUUGGGUCGCUUUAUACCUCCGGCUGCUGAUCAGCUUCGUCAUGGUAACGAUGAGGCUGCGCAUUGGCAAAUGGGCAGGAUGGUGUUUAGUCGCAGUGCCGUUGCGUUUGGGGCGGCGGUUACGACGAGUGUUGUUACUGGGGUUGAGGGUGGUGGGUUUUGA